CAUUUCUGAAAGGACUGAACAACAAACAGCGGCGUUCACAUUACUUCACUAAAGAUUUCAUCAAACUGAAGCAGAUCCCAACAUGGAAAGAAAUGGCCAAAAGCGCUCGGAUCCAGCAGCCUGAAGAAACCAAUUACCCAAAGGAUAAUAAUCUGAAUGGGAAAAUCUCCCUCUUCCGAGGAGACAUUACCAAGUUGGAGGUCGAUGCGAUCGUCAAUGCUGGUGAGUGAACAGCGGAAU